AUGUUGGCGAUUCUUCGUGCUGACGACUCGAUGGCCAUUGCAUCGAAGGAGUCGUUGCAAUCUGAUCUCAAUUCGUUGGAACGAAUGGUCACUGAUUUCAUGAGGGACAACAACAUUGCCGUGGACUCUGCACAAGUGCACCAGGCAGUGUCUCAGGGCGAUUUAACGGUGAUGAUGUCUCAGUACGAGAAAGAGAUCAAGACUCCGUACAAACUGAUCAUCCUGGGCCAGUUGAUCCGGUCGAUUUUGAUCCAGAUCCAGAAAACCAAAGUCGACGGUGCCAUGGCCAUCAGCGGUAUAGACAAGUUGCUCAAGCUGCAGCAGUUGCUUUUUGGCAUGCUAUCUGUGCUGCCGCUGCUUUUCAUACUCUACCAGACAAAUCAGGCGCUCCGCAAGGAUACAGCUAUAUCCAGCAAAAAUACUCGCAUUGAGUGUCUAAAGAGCCUCAAUCUGGUGGCAGCUCUUGUCAAUCGGGAAUCUCACGACGACAAGCUCAUCAGCGACGGCAAGCUUUUCGUGGAGAUUGUGAACCUCACACUUCUCCUGAAGAAAUGCAUCCCAGCAAGGCUACAUGACGAUUGGCUCGCCGAUCUCAAUGGUCUCAUGGUGACCAGUGCAGAGGAUGGCGAUUUAGCAGCCAGAGCCGUUGAGAGGAUCUGGAACAUGUACCUGCCCUUCUUCCGUCGGGGAGUUGAUUAG